AUGGGGUUCAAACUGAGGUGCUUUGUUUUUGUUCUAAUCUGGCAAGCCGUGAAUGGAGACGCCAGCUAUUCCCUCCAAGAGGAAAUGAAGCGUGGAUCUGUUAUUGGGAAUAUAGCCAAGGAUCUUAACCUGGACUCGCGCAAACUGUCUGCUAGGAAUGCCCGUGUUGAUGCCGCAGGGAAUCGCAAACGUUAUUUUGACAUCAAUCUCAGCACUGGCGACGUAAUUGUUGCCGACAGGAUUGACCGAGAGGAGCUUUGUGGAGAAAAGCUGUCGUGUGUAAUAAGACGCGAUCUUGUACUGGAGAAUCCUCUGGAACUGCAUCCUUUCAGUCUACACAUUCAAGAUAUAAAUGAUAAUUCCCCACAAUUUAAUGAGGAAUCGAUCAAUAUAGAAAUUCAUGAGUCGGCAGACAGGGGAGCUCGUUAUGUGAUUGAAGAGGCGCACGAUGCGGAUGUAGGACAGAAUUCAGUUCAGCAGUACAGCCUUAAGAAGAAUGAUAAUUUCAUUCUGGCUGCUGAUGGAAACACAAUAGAGCUUGUUCUUGAAAAAGAGCUUGAUCGCGAAAAACAACAAGAGAUCAAUUUGCUCCUAACAGCUUUAGACGGAGGCUCUCCUCAGAAAUCAGGUACUGUAGUCAUUCACGUCACUGUACUGGAUGCUAAUGAUAACGCCCCAGUGUUUAGCCAGGCCGUUUAUAAAGCCAGUCUGCCUGAAAACUCCCCUGUAGAUACUGUAGUGGUCACAGUGAGCGCUACUGAUGCAGACGAGGGAGUCAAUGGUGACGUCACAUAUGAAUUCGGACAUGUCACUGAUGAUGUGAAGAGAGUGUUUAGUAUUGACCGUAAAAAUGGCAAGAUCAAAGUUACUCGUGCUAUUGACUUUGAAACUGUAUCAACAUACGAUUUGCGCAUUAAAGCAAAGGAUGGAUUAGGAUUACCGUCAUUUUCAAAGGUAAUUGUUGAAAUCACUGAUGUAAAUGACAACAUACCGGUAAUCUAUGUUAAAUCUCUCGUAAAUCCCGUACCUGAGAACGUGUCACCUGGUACAGAGGUGGGCAUCAUUAACGUGCAGGAUGCAGAUUCUAACAAUAACCAACAGGUCCGCUGCUCCAUUCAGCAAAACGUCCCCUUUAAAUUGGUUCCUUCUAUUAAAAACUAUUAUUCUCUGGUGACCACAGGACAACUGGACCGUGAACUAGUGUCUGAUUACAACAUUACAAUCACUGCCACUGACGAGGGCUCUCCACCUCUGUCCUCCUCUAAAACUGUUCAGUUAUCUGUAGCAGACAUCAACGACAACCCACCUGUGUUUGAGGAACAGUCCUACAGCGCUUAUGUGACUGAAAAUAACAAACCUGGCUCCACUUUAUGUUCCGUUACUGCUCGAGACCCCGACUGGAGACAAAACGGUACAGUGAUUUAUUCUCUGUUAGCUGGUGAGGUGAACGGUGCCCCGGUGUCCUCCUACCUAUCUGUUAACGGAGACACGGGGGUGAUCCACGCUGUGAGGUCGUUUGAUUAUGAACAGUUCAGGAGUUUUAAAGUCCACAUGAUGGCCAGAGACAACGGUUCUCCUCCGCUCAGCAGCAACGUGACCGUCAGUGUCUUCGUAUCGGACGUGAAUGACAACUCUCCUCAGAUACUGUACCCCGCCCCGGAGGGCAACUCCUUCAUGACCGAGCUGGUCCCCAAAGCUGCACACGGAGGCUCUCUGGUGUCCAAAGUGAUAGCGGUGGACGCGGACUCCGGACAGAACGCCUGGCUGUCCUAUCAUAUAGUCAAAUCCACUGAUCCGGGACUUUUCACUAUUGGUCUCCACAGCGGAGAGAUCAGGACACAGCGGGACAUUUCUGAAUCUGACAGCAUGAAACAGAACCUCAUUGUGUCAGUGAAAGAUAACGGACAGCCCUCUCUCUCUGCCACCUGUUCCAUGUAUUUACUUAUUUCUGAUAACUUGGCUGAGGUGCCAGAACUGAAGGAUAUUUCUUACGACGAGAAGAACUCCAAACUGACCUCUUAUCUGAUCAUCGCGCUGGUGUCUGUGUCCACCUUUUUCCUGACCUUCAUCAUCAUCAUCCUCGGUGUGAGGUUUUGUCACAGGAGAAAGCCCAGACUGUUGUUUGAUGGAGCAGUUGCCAUCCCCAGCGCGUAUCUCCCUCCUAAUUACGCAGAUGUUGACGGCACAGGAACUUUACGCAGCACUUACAACUAUGACGCCUACCUGACAACAGGUUCUAGAACCAGUGACUUUAAGUUCGUGUCCUCUUACAAUGACAACACACUGCCUGCUGACCAGACUCUGAGGAAAAGUCCAUCAGACUUUGCUGAUGCGUUUGGGGAUUGUGAUGAUUCUCCUGAGGAGACGAAACGUGGAUCAGUUAUUGGAAAUGUGGCCAAGGAUCUCGGGCUCGACAGGGGCGCGCUCUCCAACAGAAGAGCCCGCAUUGACUCGGAUGGGACUGAUGAACGUUACUGUGACAUUAACCUGAAUAACGGAGAGUUGAUUGUCGCCGACAGGAUUGACCGAGAGGGGCUUUGUGGAGAAAAGGCUUCGUGUAUCCUGAAACACGAGCUUGUGCUGGAGAAUCCCCUGGAGGCCCAUCGGAUUAAUCUACAUAUUCAGGAUAUUAAUGAUAAUUCCCCACAAUUUAACGAAGAAUUUAUAAAUCUAGAAAUUCAAGAGUCGGCAGACAGGGGAGCUCGUUAUGUGAUUGAAGAGGCGCACGAUGCGGAUGUAGGACAGAAUUCAGUUCAGCAGUACAGCCUUAAGAAGAAUGAUAAUUUCAUUUUGGCUGCUGAUGGAAACACAAUAGAGCUUGUUCUUGAAAAAGAGCUUGAUCGCGAAAAACAACAAGAGAUCAAUUUGCUCCUAACAGCUUUAGAUGGAGGCUCUCCUCAGAGAUCAGGUACUGUAGUCAUACACGUCACUGUACUGGAUGCUAAUGAUAACGCCCCAGUGUUUAGCCAGGCCGUUUAUAAAGCCAGUCUGCCUGAAAACUCCCCUGUAGAUACUGUAGUGGUCACAGUGAGCGCUACUGAUGCAGACGAGGGAGUCAAUGGUGACGUCACUUAUGACUUUGGACAUGUUACUGAUGAUGUGAGGAAGAUAUUUAGUAUUGACCGUAAAGUUGAAGACACCCCACCUGGUACAGAGGUGGGCAUCAUCAACGUGCAGGACAGAGACUCUGAGACUAACAGACAGGUCCGCUGCUCCAUUCAGCAAAACGUCCCUUUUAAGUUGGUUCCUUCUAUUAAAAACUAUUAUUCUCUGGUGACCACAGGACAACUGGACCGUGAACUAGUGUCUGAUUACAACAUUACAAUCACUGCCACUGACGAGGGCUCUCCACCUCUGUCCUCCUCUAAAACUGUUCAGUUAUCUGUAGCAGACAUCAACGACAACCCACCUGUGUUUGAGGAACAGUCCUACAGCGCUUAUGUGACUGAAAAUAACAAACCUGGCUCCACUUUAUGUUCCGUUACUGCUCGAGACCCCGACUGGAGACAAAACGGUACAGUGAUUUAUUCUCUGUUAGCUGGUGAGGUGAACGGUGCCCCGGUGUCCUCCUAUCUAUCUGUUAACGGAGACACGGGGGUGAUCCACGCUGUGAGGUCGUUUGAUUAUGAACAGUUCAGGAGUUUUAAAGUCCACGUGAUGGCCAGAGACAACGGUUCUCCUCCGCUCAGCAGCAACGUGACCGUCAGUGUCUUCGUAUCGGACGUGAAUGACAACUCUCCUCAGAUACUGUACCCCGCCCCGGAGGGCAACUCCUUCAUGACCGAGCUGGUCCCCAAAGCUGCACACGGAGGCUCUCUGGUGUCCAAAGUGAUAGCGGUGGACGCGGACUCCGGACAGAACGCCUGGCUGUCCUAUCAUAUAGUCAAAUCCACUGAUCCGGGACUUUUCACUAUUGGUCUCCACAGCGGAGAGAUCAGGACACAGCGGGACAUUUCUGAAUCUGACAGCAUGAAACAGAACCUCAUUGUGUCAGUGAAAGAUAACGGACAGCCCUCUCUCUCUGCCACCUGUUCCAUGUAUUUACUUAUUUCUGAUAACUUGGCUGAGGUGCCAGAACUGAAGGAUAUUUCUUACGACGAGAAGAACUCCAAACUGACCUCUUAUCUGAUCAUCGCGCUGGUGUCUGUGUCCACCUUCUUCCUGACCUUCAUCAUCAUCAUCCUCGGUGUGAGGUUUUGUCACAGGAGAAAGCCCAGACUGUUGUUUGAUGGAGCAGUUGCCAUCCCGAGCGCUUAUCUCCCUCCUAAUUACGCAGAUGUUGACGGCACAGGAACUUUACGCAGCACUUACAACUAUGACGCCUACCUGACAACAGGUUCUAGAACCAGUGACUUUAAGUUCGUGUCAUCUUACAAUGAUAACACCCUGCCUGCUGACCAGACUCUGAGGAAAAGUCCUUCAGACUUUGCUGAAGUAUUUGGGGAAUCACUGGACUCACCGGAGCGUUUCUGGUACAAACGCAUUGCCAUGAUGGGGUUCAAACUGAGGUGCUUUGUUUUUGUUCUGAUCUGGCAAGCCGUGAAUGGAGACGCCAGCUAUUCCCUCCAAGAGGAAAUGAAGCGUGGAUCUGUUAUUGGGAAUAUAGCCAAGGAUCUUAACCUGGACUCGCGCAAACUGUCUGCUAGGAAUGCCCGUGUUGAUGCCGCAGGGAAUCGCAAACGUUAUUUUGACAUCAAUAUCAGCACUGGCGACGUAAUUGUUGCCGACAGGAUUGACCGAGAGGAGCUUUGUGGAGAAAAGCUGUCGUGUGUAAUAAGACGCGAUCUUGUACUGGAGAAUCAUCUGGAACUGCAUCCUUUCAGUCUACACAUUCAAGACAUAAAUGAUAACUCGCCACAAUUUAAUGAGGAAUCGAUCAAUAUAGAAAUCCAAGAGUCGGCAGACAGGGGAGCUCGUUAUGUGAUUGAAGAGGCGCACGACGCGGAUGUAGGACAGAAUUCAGUUCAGCAGUACAGCCUUAAGAAGAAUGAUAAUUUCAUUUUGGCUGCUGAUGGAAACACAAUAGAGCUUGUUCUUGAAAAGGAGCUUGAUCGCGAAAAACAACAAGAGAUCAAUUUGCUCCUAACAGCUUUAGACGGAGGCUCUCCUCAGAGAUCAGGUACUGUAGUCAUUCACGUCACUGUACUGGAUGCUAAUGAUAACGCCCCAGUGUUUAGCCAGGCCGUUUAUAAAGCCAGUCUGCCUGAAAACUCCCCUGUAGAUACUGUAGUGGUCACAGUGAGCGCUACUGAUGCAGACGAGGGAGUCAAUGGUGACGUCACAUAUGAAUUCGGACAUGUCACUGAUGAUGUGAAGAGAGUGUUUAGUAUUGACCGUAAAAAUGGCAAGAUCAAAGUUACUCGUGCUAUUGACUUUGAAACUGUAUCAACAUAUGAUUUGCGCAUUAAAGCAAAGGAUGGAUUAGGAUUACCGUCAUUUUCAAAGGUAAUUGUUGAAAUCACUGAUGUAAAUGACAACAUACCGGUAAUCUAUGUUAAAUCUCUUGUAAAUCCCGUACCUGAGAACGUGUCACCUGGUACAGAGGUGGGCAUCAUUAACGUGCAGGAUGCAGAUUCUAACAAUAACCAACAGGUCCGCUGCUCCAUUCAGCAAAACGUCCCUUUUAAGUUGGUUCCUUCUAUUAAAAACUAUUAUUCUCUGGUGACCACAGGACAACUGGACCGUGAACUAGUGUCUGAUUACAACAUUACCAUCACUGCCACUGACGAGGGCUCUCCACCUCUGUCCUCCUCUAAAACUGUUCAGUUAUCUGUAGCAGACAUCAACGACAACCCACCUGUGUUUGAGGAACAGUCCUACAGCGCUUAUGUGACUGAAAAUAACAAACCUGGCUCCACUUUAUGUUCCGUUACUGCUCGAGACCCCGACUGGAGACAAAACGGUACAGUGAUUUAUUCUCUGUUAGCUGGUGAGGUGAACGGUGCCCCGGUGUCCUCCUACCUGUCUGUUAACGGAGACACGGGGGUGAUCCACGCUGUGAGGUCGUUUGAUUAUGAACAGUUCAGGAGUUUUAAAGUCCACGUGAUGGCCAGAGACAACGGUUCUCCUCCGCUCAGCAGCAACGUGACCGUCAGUGUCUUCGUAUCGGACGUGAAUGACAACUCUCCUCAGAUACUGUACCCCGCCCCGGAGGGCAACUCCUUCAUGACCGAGCUGGUCCCCAAAGCUGCACACGGAGGCUCUCUGGUGUCCAAAGUGAUAGCGGUGGACGCGGACUCCGGACAGAACGCCUGGCUGUCCUAUCAUAUAGUCAAAUCCACUGAUCCGGGACUUUUCACUAUUGGUCUCCACAGCGGAGAGAUCAGGACACAGCGGGACAUUUCUGAAUCUGACAGCAUGAAACAGAACCUCAUUGUGUCAGUGAAAGAUAACGGACAGCCCUCUCUCUCUGCCACCUGUUCCAUGUAUUUACUUAUUUCUGAUAACUUGGCUGAGGUGCCAGAACUGAAGGAUAUUUCUUACGACGAGAAGAACUCCAAACUGACCUCUUAUCUGAUCAUCGCGCUGGUGUCCGUGUCCACCUUUUUCCUGACCUUCAUCAUCAUCAUCCUCGGUGUGAGGUUUUGUCACAGGAGAAAGCCCAGACUGUUGUUUGAUGGAGCAGUUGCCAUCCCCAGCGCUUACCUCCCUCCUAAUUACGCAGAUGUUGACGGCACAGGAACUUUACGCAGCACUUACAACUAUGACGCCUACCUGACAACAGGUUCUAGAACCAGUGACUUUAAGUUCGUGUCAUCUUACAAUGACAACACCCUGCCUGCUGACCAGACUCUGAGGAAAAGUCCAUCAGACUUUGCUGAUGCGUUUGGGGAUUGUGAUGAUUCUCCUGAGGAGACGAAACGUGGAUCAGUUAUUGGAAAUGUGGCCAAGGAUCUCGGGCUCGACAGGGGCGCGCUCUCCAACAGAAGAGCCCGCAUUGACUCGGAUGGGACUGAUGAACGUUACUGUGACAUUAACCUGAAUAACGGAGAGUUGAUUGUCGCCGACAGGAUUGACAGAGAGGGGCUUUGUGGAGAAAAGGCUUCGUGUAUCCUGAAACACGAGCUUGUGCUGGAGAAUCCUCUGGAGCUCCAUCGGAUUAAUCUACAUAUUCAGGAUAUUAAUGAUAAUUCCCCACAAUUUAACGAAGAAUUUAUAAAUCUAGAAAUCAGAGAGUCGGCGGUCAGGGGAGCUCGUUAUGUGAUUGAAGAGGCGCACGAUGCGGAUGUAGGACAGAAUUCAGUUCAGCAGUACAGCCUUAAGAAGAAUGAUCAUUUCAUUUUGGCUGCUGAUGGAAACACAAUAGAGCUUGUUCUUGAAAAAGAGCUUGAUCGCGAAAAACAACAAGAGAUCAAUUUGCUCCUAACAGCUUUAGAUGGAGGCUCUCCUCAGAGAUCAGGUACUGUAGUCAUACACGUCACUGUACUGGAUGCUAAUGAUAACGCCCCAGUGUUUAGCCAGGCCGUUUAUAAAGCCAGUCUGCCUGAAAACUCCCCUGUAGAUACUGUAGUGGUCACAGUGAGCGCUACUGAUGCAGACGAGGGAGUCAAUGGUGACGUCACUUAUGACUUUGGACAUGUUACUGAUGAUGUGAGGAAGAUAUUUAGUAUUGACCGUAAAGUCGGUGAUAUACGAGUAAUUGGCAUUGUUGACUAUGAAACUACAACAUCAUUUGAAAUACGCGUUAAAGCAAAAGAUGGGUUAGGGCUGUCAUCGUAUGCUAAAGUAAUAAUUUCUAUCACUGACGUGAAUGACAACGCCCCUGUAGUCAAUUUGAAAUCACUAGUGAAUCUCAUUCCAGAAGACACCCCACCUGGUGCAGAGGUGGGCAUCAUCAAUGUGCAGGACAGAGACUCUGAGACUAACAGACAGGUCCGCUGCUCCAUUCAGCAAAACGUCCCUUUUAAGUUGAUUCCUUCUGUUAAAAACUAUUAUUCUCUGGUGACCACAGGACAACUGGACCGUGAACUAGUGUCUGAUUACAACAUUACAAUCACUGCCACUGACGAGGGCUCUCCACCUCUGUCCUCCUCUAAAACUGUUCAGUUAUCUGUAGCAGACAUCAACGACAACCCACCUGUGUUUGAGGAACAGUCCUACAGCGCUUAUGUGACUGAAAAUAACAAACCUGGCUCCACUUUAUGUUCCGUUACUGCUCGAGACCCCGACUGGAGACAAAACGGUACAGUGAUUUAUUCUCUGUUAGCUGGUGAGGUGAACGGUGCCCCGGUGUCCUCCUACCUAUCUGUUAACGGAGACACGGGGGUGAUCCACGCUGUGAGGUCGUUUGAUUAUGAACAGUUCAGGAGUUUUAAAGUCCACGUGAUGGCCAGAGACAACGGUUCUCCUCCGCUCAGCAGCAACGUGACCGUCAGUGUCUUCGUAUCGGACGUGAAUGACAACUCUCCUCAGAUACUGUACCCCGCCCCGGAGGGCAACUCCUUCAUGACCGAGCUGGUCCCCAAAGCUGCACACGGAGGCUCUCUGGUGUCCAAAGUGAUAGCGGUGGACGCGGACUCCGGACAGAACGCCUGGCUGUCCUAUCAUAUAGUCAAAUCCACUGAUCCGGGACUUUUCACUAUUGGUCUCCACAGCGGAGAGAUCAGGACACAGCGGGACAUUUCUGAAUCUGACAGCAUGAAACAGAACCUCAUUGUGUCAGUGAAAGAUAACGGACAGCCCUCUCUCUCUGCCACCUGUUCCAUGUAUUUACUUAUUUCUGAUAACUUGGCUGAGGUGCCAGAACUGAAGGAUAUUUCUUACGACGAGAAGAACUCCAAACUGACCUCUUAUCUGAUCAUCGCGCUGGUGUCCGUGUCCACCUUUUUCCUGACCUUCAUCAUCAUCAUCCUCGGUGUGAGGUUUUGUCGCAGGAGAAAGCCCAGACUGUUGUUUGAUGGAGCAGUUGCCAUCCCCAGCGCUUAUCUCCCUCCUAAUUACGCAGAUGUUGACGGCACAGGAACUUUACGCAGCACUUACAACUAUGACGCCUACCUGACAACAGGCUCUAGAACCAGUGACUUUAAGUUCGUGAGUUCUUACAAUGACAACACACUGCCUGCUGACCAGACUCUGAGGAAAAGUCCAAGCGAUUUUGCUGAGGUGUUUGGUGAAAUGGAAGAGUGUGUAGAGUUGCUUUUUCUGAACGCCGCAAAUGGAGACAUGAGCUAUUCUUUUCCAGAGGAGACGAAACGUGGAUCAGUUAUUGGAAAUGUGGCCAAGGAUCUCGGGCUCGACAGGGGCGCGCUCUCCAACAGAAGAGCCCGCAUUGACUCGGAUGGGACUGAUGAACGUUACUGUGACAUUAACCUGAAUAACGGAGAGUUGAUUGUCGCCGACAGGAUUGACCGAGAGGGGCUUUGUGGAGAAAAGGCUUCGUGUAUCCUGAAACACGAGCUUGUGCUGGAGAAUCCUCUGGAGCUCCAUCGGAUUAAUCUACAUAUUCAGGAUAUUAAUGAUAAUUCCCCACAAUUUAACGAAGAAUUUAUAAAUCUAGAAAUUCAAGAGUCGGCGGUCAGGGGAGCUCGUUAUGUGAUUGAAGAGGCGCACGAUGCGGAUGUAGGACAGAAUUCAGUUCAGCAGUACAGCCUUAAGAAUAAUGAUAAUUUCAUUUUGGCUGCUGAUGGAAACACAAUAGAGCUUGUUCUUGAAAAAGAGCUUGAUCGCGAAAAACAACAAGAGAUCAAUUUGCUCCUAACAGCUUUAGAUGGAGGCUCUCCUCAGAGAUCAGGUACUGUAGUCAUACACGUCACUGUACUGGAUGCUAAUGAUAACGCCCCAGUGUUUAGCCAGGCCGUUUAUAAAGCCAGUCUGCCUGAAAACUCCCCUGUAGAUACUGUAGUGGUCACAGUGAGCGCUACUGAUGCAGACGAGGGAGUCAAUGGUGACGUCACUUAUGACUUUGGACAUGUUACUGAUGAUGUGAGGAAGAUAUUUAGUAUUGACCGUAAAGUCGGUGAGAUACGAGUAAUUGGUAUUGUUGACUAUGAAACUACAACAUCAUUUGAAAUACGCGUUAAAGCAAAAGAUGGGUUAGGGCUGUCAUCGUAUGCUAAAGUAAUAAUUUCUAUCACUGACGUGAAUGACAACGCCCCUGUAGUCAAUUUGAAAUCACUAGUGAAUCUCAUUCCAGAAGACACCCCACCUGGUACAGAGGUGGGCAUCAUCAACGUGCAGGACAGAGACUCUGAGACUAACAGACAGGUCCGCUGCUCCAUUCAGCAAAACGUCCCUUUUAAGUUGGUUCCUUCUGUUAAAAACUAUUAUUCUCUGGUGACCACAGGACAACUGGACCGUGAACUAGUGUCUGAUUACAACAUUACAAUCACUGCCACUGACGAGGGCUCUCCACCUCUGUCCUCCUCUAAAACUGUUCAGUUAUCUGUAGCAGACAUCAACGACAACCCACCUGUGUUUGAGGAACAGUCCUACAGCGCUUAUGUGUCUGAAAAUAACAAACCUGGCUCCACUUUAUGUUCCGUUACUGCUCGAGACCCCGACUGGAGACAAAACGGUACAGUGAUUUAUUCUCUGUUAGCUGGUGAGGUGAACGGUGCCCCGGUGUCCUCCUACCUAUCUGUUAACGGAGACACGGGGGAUCACGCUGUGAGGUCGUUUGAUUAUGAACAGUUCAGGAGUUUUAAAGUCCACGUGAUGGCCAGAGACAACGGUUCUCCUCCGCUCAGCAGCAACGUGACCGUCAGUGUCUUCGUAUCGGACGUGAAUGACAACUCUCCUCAGAUACUGUACCCCGCCCCGGAGGGCAACUCCUUCAUGACCGAGCUGGUCCCCAAAGCUGCACACGGAGGCUCUCUGGUGUCCAAAGUGAUAGCGGUGGACGCGGACUCUGGACAGAACGCCUGGCUGUCCUAUCAUAUAGUCAAAUCCACUGAUCCGGGACUUUUCACUAUUGGUCUCCACAGCGGAGAGAUCAGGACACAGCGGGACAUUUCUGAAUCUGACAGCAUGAAACAGAACCUCAUUGUGUCAGUGAAAGAUAACGGACAGCCCUCUCUCUCUGCCACCUGUUCCAUGUAUUUACUUAUUUCUGAUAACUUGGCUGAGGUGCCAGAACUGAAGGAUAUUUCUUACGACGAGAAGAACUCCAAACUGACCUCUUAUCUGAUCAUCGCGCUGGUGUCUGUGUCCACCUUUUUCCUGACCUUCAUCAUCAUCAUCCUCGGUGUGAGGUUUUGUCACAGGAGAAAGCCCAGACUGUUGUUUGAUGGAGCAGUUGCCAUCCCCAGCGCUUACCUCCCUCCUAAUUACGCAGAUGUUGACGGCACAGGAACUUUACGCAGCACUUACAACUAUGACGCCUACCUGACAACAGGUUCUAGAACCAGUGACUUUAAGUUUGUGUCCUCUUACAAUGACAACACACUGCCUGCUGACCAGACUCUGAGGAAAAGUCCAAGCGAUUUUGCUGAGGUGUUUGGUGAAAUGGAAGAGUGUGUAGAGUUGCUUUUUCUGAACGCCGCAAAUGGAGACAUGAGCUAUUCUUUUCCAGAGGAGACGAAACGUGGAUCAGUUAUUGGAAAUGUGGCCAAGGAUCUCGGGCUCGACAGGGGCGCGCUCUCCAACAGAAGAGCCCGCAUUGACUCGGAUGGGACUGAUGAACGUUACUGUGACAUUAACCUGAAUAACGGAGAGUUGAUUGUCGCCGACAGGAUUGACCGAGAGGGGCUUUGUGGAGAAAAGGCUUCGUGUAUCCUAAAACACGAGCUUGUGAUGGAGAAUCCUCUGGAGCUCCAUCGGAUUAAUCUACACAUUCAGGAUAUUAAUGAUAACUCGCCACAAUUUAAGGAAGACUUGAUUAAUCUAGAAAUUCAUGAGUCGGCAGACAGGGGAGCUCGUUAUGUGAUUGAAGAGGCGCACGAUGCGGAUGUAGGACAGAAUUCAGUUCAGCAGUACAGCCUUAAGAAGAAUGAUAAUUUCAUUCUGGCUGCUGAUGGAAACACAAUAGAGCUUGUUCUUGAAAAAGAGCUUGAUCGCGAAAAACAACAAGAGAUCAAUUUGCUCCUAACAGCUUUAGAUGGAGGCUCUCCUCAGAGAUCAGGUACUGUAGUCAUACACGUCACUGUACUGGAUGCUAAUGAUAACGCCCCAGUGUUUAGCCAGGCCGUUUAUAAAGCCAGUCUGCCUGAAAACUCCCCUGUAGAUACUGUAGUGGUCACAGUGAGCGCUACUGAUGCAGACGAGGGAGUCAAUGGUGACGUCACUUAUGAAUUUGGACAUGUUACUGAUGAUGUGAGGAAGAUAUUUAGUAUUGACCGUAAAGUUGGUGAUAUACGAGUAAUUGGUAUUGUUGAUUAUGAAACUACAACAUCAUUUGAAAUACGCGUUAAAGCAAAAGAUGGGUUAGGGCUGUCAUCGUAUGCUAAAGUAAUAAUUUCUAUCACUGACGUGAAUGACAACGCCCCUGUAGUGAAUUUGAAAUCACUAGUGAAUCUCAUUCCAGAAGACACCCCACCUGGUACAGAGGUGGGCAUCAUCAACGUGCAGGACAGAGACUCUGAGACUAACAGACAGGUCCGCUGCUCCAUUCAGCAAAACGUCCCUUUUAAGUUGAUUCCUUCUGUUAAAAACUAUUAUUCUCUGGUGACCACAGGACAACUGGACCGUGAACUAGUGUCUGAUUACAACAUUACAAUCACUGCCACUGACGAGGGCUCUCCACCUCUGUCCUCCUCUAAAACUGUUCAGUUAUCUGUAGCAGACAUCAACGACAACCCACCUGUGUUUGAGGAACAGUCCUACAGCGCUUAUGUGACUGAAAAUAACAAACCUGGCUCCACUUUAUGUUCCGUUACUGCUCGAGACCCCGACUGGAGACAAAACGGUACAGUGAUUUAUUCUCUGUUAGCUGGUGAGGUGAACGGUGCCCCGGUGUCCUCCUACCUAUCUGUUAACGGAGACACGGGGGUGAUCCACGCUGUGAGGUCGUUUGAUUAUGAACAGUUCAGGAGUUUUAAAGUCCACGUGAUGGCCAGAGACAACGGUUCUCCUCCGCUCAGCAGCAACGUGACCGUCAGUGUCUUCGUAUCGGACGUGAAUGACAACUCUCCUCAGAUACUGUACCCCGCCCCGGAGGGCAACUCCUUCAUGACCGAGCUGGUCCCCAAAGCUGCACACGGAGGCUCUCUGGUGUCCAAAGUGAUAGCGGUGGACGCGGACUCCGGACAGAACGCCUGGCUGUCCUAUCAUAUAGUCAAAUCCACUGAUCCGGGACUUUUCACUAUUGGUCUCCACAGCGGAGAGAUCAGGACACAGCGGGACAUUUCUGAAUCUGACAGCAUGAAACAGAACCUCAUUGUGUCAGUGAAAGAUAACGGACAGCCCUCUCUCUCUGCCACCUGUUCCAUGUAUUUACUGAUUUCUGAUAACUUGGCUGAGGUGCCAGAACUGAAGGAUAUUUCUUACGAGGAGAAGAACUCCAAACUGACCUCUUAUCUGAUCAUCGCGCUGGUGUCUGUGUCCACCUUUUUCCUGACCUUCAUCAUCAUCAUCCUCGGUGUGAGGUUUUGUCACAGGAGAAAGCCCAGACUGUUGUUUGAUGGAGCAGUUGCCAUCCCCAGCGCUUAUCUCCCUCCUAAUUACGCAGAUGUUGACGGCACAGGAACUUUACGCAGCACUUACAACUAUGACGCCUACCUGACAACAGGUUCUAGAACCAGUGACUUUAAGUUCGUGUCCUCUUACAAUGACAACACCCUGCCUGCUGACCAGACUCUGAGGAAAAGUCCAUCAGAUUUUGCUGAGGUGUUUGGUGAAAUGGAAGAGUGUGUAGAGGUAUGA